AUUCAUCUCCGCAUUUCUCGCUCAUUGACCCAGCUCAUUAUUCUCUACUUCAUUCAAAAUUAUUGAAGCAUUUAUAACUUAUCUCCUGCUCAAGAGCGACACAGCACAGACUAGUCUAGAGUAACCUACCACCAAGUCCAACCUAAGGAAGCCCCUCAACUCAAGCCAGCAUUACCAAAAUCAAACGCGAAACCCAACCCUCCACACCAACUCCGAUGACAUCUUCCAAGCGCUCUAAGGAUUCCGACUCCUCCGACACCGAACCCAAGAGCCCUUCCAAGAAGUCCUGCGCUCGAACCGAAGGCCCCGAAAGCAUCAAGGAUGCGUUGGAGGCUGUCAGGUACAGAGAACCGAUCCAGAGAGGAGAAAUAGGCGAGCAGCAAUAUCUGAAGGAGAGGAUCGAAGAAGCAAGGAAGAAUCUGGAAUUGCUAAGCGACCUGCAAGAUAUGCUCCUACUCCAAGAACCGGCUGCUGAGAUACUCGAGACCAUGCAAGGAUCAACCGGAGAGAACGACAGGAAUGGACAUGGUCUGAAGACGGUCGCAGGCAAUGCUUUUGAGAAAUUUAGGGAAACGUAG